AUAGGCAGGGUGGCGAGACCCCGCCCCGGAAAUGCGUGUUCUAGCUUUCUGUGUGCUUAGGUGCCCGAGCUACUGAGGGUCUAAGUCCGGGCAGCCGAAGAGUGUGGUUAGCAAGAUGAACAAAGAUGCACAGAUGAGAGCAGCGAUUAACCAAAAGUUAAUAGAAACUGGAGAAAGAGAACGCCUCAAAGAGUUGUUGCGAGCUAAAUUAAUUGAAUGUGGCUGGAAGGAUCAGUUGAAGGCACACUGUAAAGAGGUAAUUAAAGAAAAAGGACUAGAACACGUUACUGUUGAUGACUUGGUGGCAGAAAUCACUCCAAAAGGCAGAGCUCUGGUACCUGACAGUGUAAAGAAGGAACUCCUACAAAGAAUAAGAACAUUCCUUGCUCAGCAUGCCAGCCUUUAAGGUUGAAUUAGAUUGUGGUGUUCUGUGGUUUUAUUUCUGAAAGUAAAACUUGCCAUAAAUUAGAAAUCAAUUUCCCAAAAUAAAAUCCUUUUUUGUAUGAUGGUAUACAGUUUUCAGUAAUGAUGUAUACAUUGUAUUGAUUUUUUUCCCUAAAUGUGUUAUUUUAAUAAAUAUCUCAUGAAUAAGUUUGAAGUUUGCUUGAAUUUUGGAAUAAAUGGGACUCUGUCUUUAUCACUAAUUCACUAGGUUGUUGAGAGACACAGUCAGAAAUUAAUGUGGUUUAAGUGUUAGUAUGUGCAAUUCUCUGUGCUAAAAGCCGAGAAGUAGCUUUUCCUCGUUUGCGUAUGGUGUUUUCCUCUUUUGAAUCCCCAUAAUUUUAUAAAUUGUAAUGCCCUACUUGUACUUUAGUUACUUGUCUUAUUCUUUGUUAUGAACUUGGAGGGUUAAGACUGGGUCUUACUCAUCUUUAUGUGCCUUCCUUAUGCUUCAACGAAUUUACAUCUAGUGGAAGAGAGAACAUUUGCAAGCUGGCUCUACACCAAGCUCCUCCCACAUGCUCUGCGCAUCUGAACUUUGAAAGCAGAAUCUAUAAAUUGCAUCCCCACAUACUAAGGUCAAGAAAGAACUUAAUGGGAAAUAAUCUCCACCCAUUAGCUUUACUCUGCCAUCAGGAUUACUAAAUCCAAUGGACACUUGUCUAUUCUUAUGUGACCUCUGCUGGAAAAUGAGAAUAUUGACGAUCCUGCCAGUUGGAACUCCUCAUUGUUUCUUCCUACCACUGGAAGUACCUUCUAUUUCAUGUGGAGUACAUUUUGCUGUAUGUGACGAUUAAUACUGUUUUAUAGGGCUCUAUCCUGAGCCCUCUGCCUGACUAACUGGAUAUACUUUGCCUGGGCAAAUCCCAAGAAAUGAGUCAGACCAUGGCUUCAUAUACCACAGGUUGAUAAAUGCUAAACUGCAUCUUCAAACCAGACGUAUUUCUAGCCUCCAGACCCAUAUAUUCAUCUGUGGAUCAGCUUCCUCGGAUGUUCCACAAACCUCAAACUGACCAAAUGUAAAAUAAUGAUUUUAUUUUUCCCCCACUAACUAUCCCUGCUGUAUUCCUUAUCUCUGAACGGUACCUCCCAGACAAACAGAUUGCCUGAAGAACUUAUUAAAAUGCUGAUUUUGAAGGUAAGAAAUACCACGCAAGAUUCUGUAUUUCUGACAAGGUAUGAGUUUUGGUUGUGCAUUUUGCUGAAUGAGGACCACUUUACGUUUAAAACUAAAUUGUCCUCUCCUUUUAACAGGUCCGUAUGAUUGCAGUAGACUCCUAUUAUUUCCUGCUCUUCUACACUACUGCCUCAGUGUCCUUACUAUUCAUUUUACUCUUCUCCUUGAAAUAUCUCAGUGCAAGGACAAGAUUCAAACUUGGCAAAUCACCUAGGCCCUUCUAGAUCUGACAUCUACGUAUUUCUUUAGAGUCCCCCAGAGUAUAGGUUCUAUCUCUAAUUCCUCUGAAAAUCCAUUAGCCCUUUCUUCCUACUUAACCUCAUUUCUAUUUGCCUUUCAAAAUUCAGCUUGAAUUUCUAAAACAUUCUGAUCCUCUUCUGAUUUAGAUUUUGCAUUUUUUUCUUUACUGCAGCUGUGCCUUUCAGCACAGCGCUUCUUGAAUUUAAUGCAUGCAUUCCUGGGGAGGAAGAAAUGACCUGUUUGUAUGAUGCUUGUAUGUAAGUGGGGUGGCAGAUGAGUGAACAACUGAACCAGUGAGUGAACAAGAGUGUGAACGAAGGGAGUAGUGUGGGGUGUAACUGAGGAAAGGCUUCACAAUUUUUGGCUCACCGUUCCCAGAAAUAAUUUGAUUAAAUAUAGUCCUUGAAUCAAUUGGGUUUAUUAAGUGUUGAGCCUGAGACAGGAACACUUAACAGUCAAAACCUCCCAAAAGAGUGUUGUUUCACUAUCUCUUGAGAACAGUCUUGUAAGUAAUGGAAAGGUACUCCUCAUUUUGUUGCCCAUUAUGAAAAAGGAAAUAGAAAUAAUUUUUAUUUCAUAGUGCUGUAUAUGGAGUAAAACCAAAAAGUGUUCAUAAAGAUACCACUUUAAUAAACCAAAGGAUAAUCUGUGAAAAUGAAAACAUUUUGCAAUGUGAUUUUUAAAGUAGCUGAAUUAAGAACAGCAAUUUGAAGUACUAAACAUAGGUUUAGAUCCGUACAUUUAUAGAUGUCUUAAUGAAAUCUUGACUUACUGAUUUACAUAAGGUAGGAAUACAUUCUUCAAAAAUUGUGCACCCUUUCUCAUUCUGUUGAAAAUUUAAUAGGAUUAUUGUUACAUGACUACACCUGGUGAAUCUAAUUAGGAUUACUUAAAUUUCUUUUGUAUAGGAUUAAAGACCCAACUCAAUUAUUUAUGUAAUCACUUUGCUUUGGCGUUGCAAGUGUAUCAUUUGGUUGAGCAGUGCCAACCCAGGGCCUAGGUGAAAGCUUCCUCCGACACGAGAACUGUGACAGCUGCUCAGUAGCUGAUAUUGGAAAUGAUCCAGUGUGUGUGUGUGUGUGUGUGUGUGUGUGUAUACUGUGUUUAACUCUUCUUGUAAAAGACAUGUU